AGCGCGCUCCCUCCCUGGCGCGCUCCCCUUGGAGAGCAGGAGCGGCGUAGGAGGCUCAACAGCGUGAGCCUGAGGAGGAAGGAGCUCGGCCAGCGCGCAGGCCCAGAACCACCGGCGCCGCGGCUGCCCGCGACGCCUUUGAGCGGAAGAGGGAAGUGAAGGCGGCAGUCUGCGGAUUCCAGCUGGGCUGGGCUUGCUAAGGUAGGGGCAGCACCGAGAGGAGGCCUUGGCCACCGAUCCCGAUCGGGAUGUCAAAGAACACGGUGUCGUCGGCCCGGUUCCGGAAGGUGGACGUGGAUGAGUAUGACGAGAACAAGUUCGUGGACGAGGAAGACGGGGGCGACGGGCAGGCCGGGCCCGACGAGGGCGAGGUGGACUCCUGCCUGCGGCAAGGAAACAUGACAGCUGCCCUACAGGCAGCUCUGAAAAACCCCCCUAUCAACACCAAGAGCCAGGCGGUGAAGGAUCGAGCAGGCAGCAUUGUCUUGAAGGUGCUCAUCUCUUUUAAAGCUAAUGAUAUUGAAAAGGCAGUUCAAUCCCUGGACAAGAAUGGUGUGGAUCUCCUAAUGAAGUAUAUUUAUAAAGGCUUUGAGAGCCCCUCUGACAAUAGCAGUGCUGUCUUAUUGCAGUGGCAUGAAAAGGCACUUGCUGCUGGAGGAGUGGGGUCCAUUGUUCGAGUCUUGACUGCAAGGAAAACUGUGUAGUCCGGCGGGAAUGGAUAUCUCCCAUGGGUGGGAGUUGCUGGUACAAAGACCAAAACAACCAAAUGCCACCGCCGCCCUUUGGGCAGCAUCUGUUUCUCUCAGCUUUGCCUUCUUGUUUCCUUUUCAUAUCUAUAAAGAAUAAAAUUACAUAUCAGUUUUUCUUUAAUGAAAUUGGGAUAAAGUAAAAGAAAUGUUUCAACAGGAAUGUCUCAUUCGCUCAAAAUGAUUUUAGUGAUGUGUAUACCAAUCUGUACAUAGGGUAAUUUACAUUCAAGUUUAAUUGUGCAAUUGUUAACCCCUAUUGGCUGGUGUGGGGGGUAUUUUUGUUGUUUGGUUUUUGGGAGUGGUGUUUUGGUUUUGUUUUCGACUAAUAGUGAGAAAUUUAAUCAGAAGUUGAGGCCAGUUUCCUAACGCAUUGCUAGCCAGGAAAUGAUCUUUAUAAAAAAUGUUUGAGAGACUGGCAGCUAUUAACAUUGCAAAACUGGACUAUACUUCCCUUAUUUAAAUGAAAUGUGUUUCUGGAACAAAUGGUGGCUGAACACCACAACCAAGUUCCAACUCUGUUUCUGCUUUGCCUCCAGAUUAUGUGAGUUGAAGUACGCUUCUUCCUCUCAGCCUCCAGUAAUCAUGGCCUCUUGAUUUCUUUGUGGUCACCCAGGGUACAGAGCAAGGAAUCUUGCUCUACACAAAUGUAUCUGUAAAAUGCCAGACCCUGUUUGGCAUGAGCAUAAAACUUUUUUCUAAUAAUAUGGCCCUAUUUGGGGAAACUACUCCAAAUCAGGAAGGAGGUAGAAACUAUGAUGUAGUUGAAACUCUGGGCAGCCUCUGAAUGAAAUGCUAUUUUCUUUAGAAUUUUAGUAGCUGCCUUCGACAUUAUGAGGUAUAUAACUAGUAUUUAAUAUGUCCUAUAAAUGUCUUCAGUGUUUUUCAGGGUAAUUAUUGGGAUCUCAAAAGAUUUGGUUAGGAUCCAAACACAUAUACAUUCUGUAUUUUAGCUCAGUGUUUUUUAAAAAAAAGAAAAUGCCACACUUCAGAAAGUGUUCACUUUGUUGAACAAACCAAAUCGGUUCUCAAAAAAUGACCGGUGCUUAUGAAAAAGUAAUUAUUCAGUAGCUCUAAAACAGAUCACCUGAAUGCUUAUGACCAUGAGGGAAAUCAGACUGUAUCUAGUAUUUACAUUAGACACCAGUGUCAUAAUCACUGACUUGUGUGAAAACUGGUGCAGAAAUUCUGUAAACUCUUUGCUGUUUUUGAUACCUGCUUUUUGUUCUGUUUUGUAAAACUGAUAAACUUCGGAAAAUAAAAUGUCAGUGUUGAGUAAUUUA